ACCCAAAUCUGAAAUAUCUCCCUCUUUGCUUUCCACUUCCUCUUUGAAGAGACAAAAGGAAGUGAAGAAAAACACAAGAAGAAAAACGAAUGGCAAGUGAGGCGGCGAUGGAAGUUAGCGCCCCAGCGGCGGCGGCAGUGGAAGCAGAGGUAGCGGCAAUAGGGGCAGAGAAGCAGCCACAUAAGCUUGAGAGAAAGUGGACGUUUUGGUUUGAUAACCAAUCGAAGCCCAAACAAGGCGCCGCUUGGGGUACCUCUCUACGCAAAGUUUACACCUUUGACACCGUUGAAGAAUUUUGGUGUUUGUAUGAUCAAAUAUUCAAGCCCAGCAAGUUGCCUGGAAAUGCUGAUUUCCACUUGUUUAAGGCUGGAAUUGAGCCCAAAUGGGAAGAUCCUGAGUGUGCUAAUGGAGGAAAGUGGUCUGUCACUAUCAACAGAAAGCCUAUUCUUGAUAACAUGUGGCUUGAAACUAUGAUGGCAUUGAUUGGGGAGCAAUUUGAUGAAGCAGAUGAGAUUUGUGGCGUAGUUGCUAGUGUACGCCAAAGGCAGGACAAGCUUGCAUUGUGGACUAAGACAGCUACAAAUGAGGCUGCCCAGAUGGGCAUUGGGAGGAAGUGGAAGGAGAUCAUUGAUUUCAAUGAUAAAAUUACCUAUAGCUUCCACGAUGACUCUCGGAGGGAAAGAUCAGCGAAAGGUCGAUACAAUGUUUGAACUCUUUGCUGAUUUUUUUUGUGGGGCUUGUACUCUUCUGCUGCCAAAUUGUGGCCAGAAGUACUGUAAUUUGUUGCUUAUUUUUGUGCUCUGUGCGCCGAGACGACUAGGUAGUUGAAAUAUGUUGCAUGUGAGUUUUUUUGAAUGUAAUACCAUCAACAAUCAAGUUCUAUGUUCAGAUAUUUUUGAUAUUCUAACGACAUAUUGAAAAGUUUACCAUAUCACUUAAGGGUUUAAUUUCCUGUC